UUACCAGAAGAUGGGGAAAAGCUGCAAAGUGGUUGUGUGCGGGCAAGCAUCAGUCGGGAAGACCUCCAUACUGGAGCAGCUUCUGUACGGGAACCACGUGGUUGGUUCAGAGAUGAUUGAGACUCAGGAGGACAUCUACGUGGGCUCAAUCGAGACCGACCGAGGGGUGCGGGAGCAGGUGCGCUUCUACGAUACCCGAGGCCUGCGGGAUGGGAUGGAGCUGCCCAAGCACUGCUUCUCCUGCACUGAUGGCUACGUGCUGGUUUACAGCGUUGACAGCAAAGAGUCCUUCAAGAGGGCAGAGAUGCUCAAAAAGGAGAUCGACAAGAGCAAGGAUAAGAAGGAGGUCACCAUUGUGGUCUUGGGCAACAAGUGUGAUUUGCAAGAACUGCGUCGCGUGGACCACGAUGUGGCGCAGCACUGGGCCAAGGCUGAGAAGGUGAAGCUGUGGGAGGUCUCAGUUGCUGACCGCCGGACCCUCAUUGAGCCUUUUGUCUACCUGGCCAGCAAGAUGACCCAGCCUCAGAGCAAGUCUGCUUUCCCGCUCAGCCGUAAAAACAAAAGCAGUGGCUCUGUGGAUGGGUGAACC